AUGAUUCCACCUGCGGAUUCUCUUCUGAAAUAUGAUAAUCCAGUGCUGGUGAGCAAGAACACAGAAAGGAAGUCACCAAAGGACCGGCCUUUGAAAGUCAGUCAACAACAGUCAACUAUCCCUGGCCAAGUCCCAUCUCCGCCCAAGCCCAAGAGCCCAGGGAAUGAGGGUGACAGGCAGCAAACUGAAGAGAUCCUGAAUUCCAUCCUACCACCCAGAGAAUGGAUUGAGAACAACCAGCUGUGGGUACAGCAGGUGUCCAGCACACCUUGUACACGAAUGGAUGUAGUCCACCUGCAGGAACAGCUGGACUUAAAACUCCAGCAGAGGCAAGCCAGAGAGACGGGCAUCUGCCCAGUGCGGCGGGAGCUCUACACACAGUGCUUUGACGAACUGAUAAGACAGGUCACCAUAAACUGCGCUGAGAGAGGGCUGCUGCUUUUACGGGUACGAGAUGAGAUUCGCAUGACCAUCGCUGCGUACAAGACGCUUUACGAGAGCAGCGUGGCGUUCGGGAUGAGAAAAGCACUUCAGGCCGAACAGGGCAAGUCUCACACGGAGAAGAGGAUUGCCGAUUUGGAGAAUGAGAAGCGUGAUCUGGAGCGUCAAGUGAACGAACAGAGGGCCAAAUGCGAAGCCAUCGAGCGUCGAGAGGCGGAACGCCGGCAGGUGGAAGAGAAGAAACACGCAGAGGAGAUUCAGUUCCUCAAACGCACCAACCAGCAGCUAAAGGCUCAGUUGGAGGGUAUCAUAGCCCCUAAGAAGUGA